AUGGUGAGUGAUGUUGGUGACGAUUUCAACGAACCUGAUUUGCUGCGCUCAUUUAAUUUAAAUAGCCUGGUGGACGAUUUUCAGCAGGAUUCUGUGUCAAUCAAUUGUGAAGGGCCACAGUUUUGUAACGAGUAUCGUAAUCACGACGAUUUCAACCAUGCGAUUGAAUUUUCAGAAUUCAAUAAUCCCCCUACAUUAAGUGAUGAUCUCCUUGACUACUCAGAAAUUUCUUUAAUGACAGGUUUAUUGCAGAACCAAGAAAUACUAGACAUACCAAUAGACAAACAAUUCCCGAUUGCUGAAAAAGUAUCAUCUGUAGAUAAUGUGAUGUCAAAGAAAAAAGUGAAAAUACUUAAACCAAUCAACAGAUACAAUGAGCAUUUAUCAUCAGCCAUAGACUUCCGAUAA